CCAAUUUUGGAACAUUGUUAUCAAAAUGCUGUGAAAUACUUCAUCCUUUUUUGUUCAAAAUGAACACUCAGACGGAAGAGGCGCCCGCAGUCGAGGAGGCAGUGAAAGACCUGGAGAACACCUUCACGCCGACCGGUAAAGCGUUGACGCAGUUCCUGCAGCGGAAAAGAAAUGGAGCAAAGCUGACGGACAUACUGACGCAUCUGAAGAGGGAGUUCCGUAACUCUGGUACGGACCCGCUGAUGCAGAACAUGACAACGUGCUUGGAGGCCGGGACUAACUACGGGUUUUUGGAGCGGAAAGGUUCGCGGUACUGCGUGAGUCGGAACUCUCGGGCGGCCGCGGACGACAUGAGCGGGCGGAACGAACAGAAGGACGAGGCACAGUCGCAGCCUUCAGACCGCUGCCGCCGCCGCCGCCGCCGCCGCCGCUGCCGGCGCCGCCGACGCCGCCGCCGCUCAUGCCGCUGCCCGAGGCGCCGCUGACGUCUAGAGUUGUUUGUUUUGGUGUUUUAUAUUUGUUUGUGUAGUUUCGUGUCGUUUAUUGUAUUAC